AUGCAAACAAUUAUAGAGGAACCAAUUUUGAAAGAGAACAAAGAUAGAUUUGUUUUGUUCCCCAUUAAAUAUGCAGAUAUCUGGCAAAUGUAUAAGAAGGCAGAGGCAUCGUUCUGGACAGCAGAGGAGAUCGACUUGGCCGGUGACAUUGGUGACUGGGAGAAUAAAUUGAAUGAUAACGAGCGUCACUUUAUUACCAAUGUUUUGGCAUUCUUUGCUGCCUCUGACGGUAUCGUCAAUGAGAACUUGGCCACCAAGUUCAUGUCUGAAGUCCAAAUUCCAGAGGCACGUUGCUUCUACGGAUUCCAAAUCGCCAUCGAGAAUAUCCAUUCUGAGACCUACAGUUUGCUGAUCGACACCUACAUCAAAGACUCUGAAACCAAGCGUAAUAUCUUCCACGCUAUCGACACCAUACCGGCCGUCAAGAAAAAGGCAGACUGGGCACUCCGUUGGAUUUCCAACUCGAAAUCGUUUGCUGAGCGUCUCGUUGCCUUUGCCGCCGUAGAAGGAAUCUUUUUCAGUGGAUCUUUCUGCUCGAUCUUUUGGCUCAAGAAACGUGGUCUAAUGCACGGACUCACCUUCUCCAACGAGUUGAUCAGCAGAGACGAGGGUCUCCACUGCGACUUUGCCUGUCUGCUCUACCAGAAGCUCCAGAACAAGCUGGACAACAACACCAUUGAGACUAUCAUCCGUGAUGCCGUCGCUUGCGAGAAAGAGUUUAUCACAGAGUCAUUGCCAGUCGAUCUGAUCGGAAUGAACAGCAGAUCGAUGUCACAGUACAUUGAGUUUUGUGCCGAUCGUCUACUACUCUCUUUGGGCUACAAGAAGAUUUACAACUCAUCAAACCCAUUCGAUUGGAUGGAAAUGAUCUCACUGCAGAGAAAGACCAACUUCUUCGAAGGUAAAGUUUCUGAAUAUCAAAAAUCUGGUGUCGCCAAACAAGGUCAACCAAGUACUUCAGCAAACCCAAACCAACAACGUAAAUUCGUUUUGGAUGAAGAUUUCUAA